AAGCUCGGCUGCCAUUUUCUAAUUUGAGGGCACAAUUAUUAGCAGUUAUUUAAGGCGGAAAUUUUUAAUGCUAAAUUAAGGAGCCUGACACUUAUUGUCCUACGUCCUUGAAUCCACCUGCGAACCUGAAUCGUCUAUUCUCGGCCAGUCAAACUCACCACAAUGUCGUAGGAAUAUUCAUAGGGCAACUUAUGGAGAGAGAGCAACUAAUCAAGAUUGCCAAAGUCAAGAGGUCGAUAGUUCAAAAUUUACGACCCCUGAAGGAACUCUGCCUUGAGAAGAUAAGAAAUUGUGCUUCAGUGAAGACUUCUGCAGUUCCCUAUAAGCAAUUGUCGCCAGCCCUGCGCCUUGAUAUUCUGAAAUAUCUGGAGUCCCAAGGGGAAUGCGACAAGCUGCUCUGUUCGGAGAUGCAACUUUGGAUUUUUGAGCUGCUGAACCGUGUCCUGGAUGAAUCUGUGAGGGAGUUUGACUUCAUUUUGUUCUCUCAACGCAGAACCUCGGACACUUGUCGCGAUGUUCAAGUUUGGAAAAUGCUUACGGAAAAGUGUCCUAAGUUGGAAAGGAUUGCCGACUCGCGAAAACUGGAGAAAUUAGACGUUCGCAAUGCUGGAUUUAUUGUGCUAGGACAAGAAGCAAACGAUCUUCGCAACGUGUCCCUGAACCCUGUUCUGCCUUUCCUGCUUCAAUUUCCAAAGCUAGAGCACAUUGAGCUAGGGUGGUACCUUUUUCAUGAGAAAUCAAUGGCCAUCGUUUCAGAAACAUAUCCAAACCUUCGAACUCUCUGCUGUGCCAUUCGCACCCACACUUAUGACCUCCUCAAGAGUUUAUUCUCGAUGCAGAAGCUGGAAAUUCUCAAAAUCAAUUGGGACCAGUAUACGUGUCUGCUGUCUUUAGUCAGGGUGUCACAUAAGAAUGAGAUGCAGUGGGAUCAGCAACGUUUCAUGAAGGAAUGCCUCAAGCACCUACCACUUUUGCGAAUCUGCUGUUCGGACAAUACUGAUGAUACAAUGUGCCAUGGAACGAUUCGCAUAGACACUGGAGAUGGGCCAUUCAACUUGGAGACUGCAGAUCUUGAGUGCUUCUUUGACUACACACGCACCCCCUUUUUAAAAAAUUUGAAGCUCAUGACGCCUACGUACUUCAGAAACCACAACAACGUAGACAGCCUGCACCACCUGAAGGUACUGCACCUGCAUGAUGUUAGGAGUCACUUCACAGUGCCUCAAGUGCUUGCCGAGUGUGGAAGUCGACUUGAGGAAUUGACCAUUUGUACCUCAGCUGGACCGGUGGAUCCCUUUGAGGUAUUUUCUCUCUGCCCCAGACUAAAAAAACUUGUCUUCAAACAGUUAAACUUGACGGAAACUGAUCAGUCAAGUGCUCUUUUGAAUGAAAGUCACUUCAGUAGCAUGGAAACUUUUAAAUGCUCGAUAACCACAGGCAGUUUUCCAACUCAGUGCAUUGAUCUCAUUCUGUUGGCCCCAAAUCUUGAGCACUUUUCUUUGUGCCUUUAUGAUAUCAGCAGUAAUUUUCAUGCUUCGUUCCCACGCUUACUUGACGCACUGGUCAAUGGACGUGCCUUGCAGAAGCUGAGGACGUUCAAAUUUGGCUCAUGCCACAGAUCUUCCCCAGAACUCCUUAAUUUCCUUUGCCUCCUUCCAAUUCAUGCACCAAAAUUGAAACUGCUUAAAUGCGUUCCAGCCUCAGAAGAAUUAAAAAAUCAGCUUCUUGACUCAAUGUUGUCACAGAUUUCAAUUCCUGAUUUCCACUUCGAAAUCUGCGAGUAAUGAAAAAUAUACAUUUUGGAGGGUAAUUAUAUUCGGGUAACAGAAACUUUGGAACUUUUUGAAAUAAAAAUUUCUCAGCAUUUUGAUAUUUUUGCAAAAAAAAUUAUUAAAAUUGUCAUAUGGUUAAAUAAUUGGUUUUCAGUUUGAAACAAGAUAUCAGAAUUAGGAUAAAAAGUAUUCUUAAUAUGUAUCUCUUGAGUUGUACUUAAUUUGAAUGAAG